UACAGCGGCCGAUAGGGACAAACGCACAGCAACGUCCAAACCUUCCAAACACAGAGACGAUCCAAAUUCCUACAAAGAACAUAAGGGAGAAUGAAAAGAGCGAGAUUCCAAUCUGGAUCCCGGUAAUAAAGCCAUGCUGCUGCCGGUGUUGAGCUGGCUCUGUGCCGCCCUGCUGGCAGCCGUCUGCGGCGGAGCACUGCCGGAGGCGGAGGUCACAAUAGAAGUCCUGCACAAACCUUUCCUCUGUCAUCGCAAAUCCAAGUAUGGAGACAUUCUACUGGUGCACCAUCAAGGCUACUUUGAGAAUGGAACCAUGUUUCACGACAGCCGUGCUGAGGGUGACAAACAGGCCGUGUGGUUCACGUUGGGCAUUAGGGAGGCCAUCAAAGGCUGGGAUAAAGGUCUGCAGAACAUGUGUGCUGGAGAGAAGAGGAAACUCAUUAUACCUCCUGCCCUGGCUUACGGAAAAGAAGGGAAAGGUAAAAUCCCUCCCGAAAGCACUUUGACCUUCACCAUCGAGGUGCUGGAGAUCAGAAACGGGCCGAGGUCGCAUGAGUCCUUUCAGCAGAUGGACCUCAAUGACGACUGGAAGCUUUCCAAGGAUGAGGUAAGAGAAUACCUGAGGAAGGAGUUCGAGCGUCACGGCUACCCUCCCAACGACACCGCACACGAGAACAUGGUGGCGGACAUUUUCGCCAAAGAAGACGAGAACAAAGACGGCUUCAUAUCCUCCAGAGAGUUUACUUACAAACAUGAUGAACUUUAAAGACGCGCUCAUUCAUGUUUGCUGUGCUCCGCUGUGGUGCAUUCAAGGACUCUCUCCGGUCAUCUGGGCGGUGAAUGACACUUGAAGUAUGUGAAGAUGGAUGGAGUAGUCCUACGCCGAGAGAGCUUUCACAAGAACAUGUCGUUCCCCCACCGGGGAUCUGAUCCAUCAUGACAUUUUCAAAUCACUAUCACUUGAAAGUCUGAUUUUAAUUUUCUCUCAAGCAAAGUUGUUGUUUAGGUCACAUGUGUACUGACUUUUUGAAUCAACGUGAUCAAUAAAGUAAUUUUUAAAAAGUAUUAAUAUGACACACGUGCCCCCAGUCGACCAACAGAGGACACUGUUGCCACAGAAACUUGGUGUUAGUACAUGAGGAGAGAAGAAAUGGUACAAUUUUUACACUGCACUUAU